AGGAUGUAAGGCAAAGUUCAUUAGGGGUCAUCACAACAACACGAGGAAGGGGGGCACGCACGUACCUGACCUGAUUUCUCAAAGUCCGGGUUAUUUUUGGCAAAAUAAGAAACAGUUAUCAAGAAUUGCCACAGGAGAACCUGCUAACACGGUAACAAGAGCACGUGGUGCACGUGUGGGAUACACAGCUGGUACCACAGCUGCAGCAUGUGGGCUGUACACCUGGAGCAGCUGGCCAAGGGUACCACAUUCCUGACUCAACAUCAUCACACCUGGCUUCGACAUGGCAGCUUGGCUCUGCGCAUGUUAUGUGGCGUCAGUCGCAACAGUAGCACGGACUGCUCAGUUCUGGCCAUACGGAGGGAGGAUGGCGGGCAGUGGGAACGGCGGGCACCACUUAGCCCCGCCCAUGUGAAAAAACUGGUCCGCAAAGGAGUCAAGGUUCUGGUCCAGCCGUCCAAUAGGAGGGCAUAUCCCAUGCAGGAGUAUGAGAAAGCCGGUGCAGUGAUCAGAGAGGACUUGUCUGAAGCUUGUUUGAUCAUGGGGGUGAAGCAGGUUCCCAUCAGUGGACUACUGCCAGAGAAAACAUACGCCUUCUUCUCCCACACUAUCAAGGCUCAGGAGGCCAACAUGGCCAUGUUAGAUACCAUCUUGGAUAGGAACAUUCGACUAAUAGAUUAUGAGAAGAUGGAGGAUGCUCGGGGCAGGCGGGUUGUGGCUUUUGGCAAGUUUGCAGGGGUUUCAGGAAUGAUUAACAUCCUCCAUGGCAUGGGGCUUCGCUUCCUGGCACUGGGACAUCACACUCCCUUCAUGCAUGUAGCUCAGAGUCACAACUAUCGGAACAGUGAGAUGGCACGCCAGGCUGUCCGGGACUGCGGGUACGAGAUCGCGCUGGGCCUGAUGCCACAGUCUAUUGGCCCGCUGACGUUCGUCUUCACGGGCUCAGGAAACGUGUCACAGGGGGCACAAGAAAUCUUCAAUGAACUUCCCCAUGAGUAUAUCCACCCCAAGGAUCUAAAGGACGUAUGUGAAACAGGAGACACCAGUCGAUGUUACGCUACAGUGCUGAGUCGAAAUCACCACCUGAGGAACAAAGACACUGGUGUAUUCUCUGCAGAGGAGUAUGACAAACACCCAGAGAGAUAUAUCUCUACCUUUGCACAUGAGUACGCCCCGUACGUCUCCUGUCUGGUGAAUGGGAUCUACUGGCCUCCCAACGCGCCACGUCUCCUGACCUUCUCCGACCUCCAGCACCUCCUGAGUCCCGACAUGGCACCCAAACAGGUUCCAGAGGGUCCAGGCAUGCCCCGCCUGCCUCACCGGCUGGUGGCAGUGUGCGACAUCUCCGCUGAUCCCGGCGGUUCGCUGGAGUUUAUGACGGAGUGCACCAGUAUCGAUGUUCCCUUCAUUCUGUAUGACGCUGAACAUCAUAUCCUCAGACCACGGACAUCAAGUUUUGCCGGUGACGGUGUUCUGGUGUGUUCCAUCGACAACUUCCCUGCCCAGCUCCCCCGUGAGGCUACUGACUAUUUUGGAAACCUCCUUAUUCCAUAUGUCUGGCAGAUGCUGAAGUCCAGGGCUGAGGCUCCAUUCGAAGAACAAGAACAUCUCUUCUCUCCCACCGUUGGUGGUGCUGUGAUUGCAUCAAAUGGCAGACUUACUCCAAGAUUUGAGUACAUCGCCGAGCUUCGAGCACAAAAGGAGAAAAAACAACUGAUGUCCUGUAUGGGCCAGCAGCAUGUCCUGGUACUGGGGUCGGGUUACGUGUCGGAGCCUGUUGUAGAAUAUCUCACCAGGGAGAACAACACUCACAUUACACUAGUGUCAUCAAUAAAAACUGAGGCAGAGACAUUGGCUGACAAGUACCAGAACACCCAGGCAGUCAUUCUAGAUGUUCAGCAGCAGCAAAAGGACUUGGAGCAGCUGGUCAAGGACAACAACCUGGUUAUCAGCCUACUGCCAUACACAUUACAUCCCAUUGUUGCUGAGAUGUGUAUCAGACAGAAGACCAACAUGGUCACUGCUAGUUACAAGACCCCUGCCAUGGCAGAGCUGCACAACAGGGCUGUUGAGGCUGGUAUUACUGUGAUGAAUGAAGUUGGACUGGACCCUGGAAUUGACCACUUCCUGGCCAUGGAGUGCUUUGACAGGGUUAAGGCUGAAGGAGGCAAGAUCACAUCUUUUGUGUCGUGGGCAGGGGGCUUGCCUGCCCCGGAGUGUGCUGACAACCCCCUGGGGUACAAGUUCAGCUGGAGUCCACGGGGGGUCCUCCUCAACACACUCAGCCAAGCCAAGUAUCUACAGGAUGGACAGGUUGUGUCAAUUCCAGCAGGAGGAUCAUUGUUAGAGAGCACCAGAGCUAUGGACCUGCACCCAGGUCUGGAUCUGGAGGGCUUCCCCAACCGUGACUCCACCAUCUACAGGGAGCCGUAUAGUAUACAGACGGCACAGACACUUCUCAGGGGCACACUUAGAUUUAAGGGCUACUCAAGUGCCUGCAUAGGUUUACAGAAGGUUGGGCUGAUAAACACAGAGAACCAUUCUUGUCUGGCACCACAGGCGCCAACACUCACAUGGAGAGACUUACUGUGCAACCUGCUGGACAUGGAGGCUAAUGUCAGUGAUGAUGCACUGAAGGCAGCCAUCUUGGACAAGGUAGAAGGAGAGGAGUACAGGGUAAAGGUCAUAGAGAAACUGGGACUCCUGUCAUCAGAACCAGUGGAUAAACAGACUACACCUCUGGACACCUUAUCCAAAUACCUAGCCCAGAAGCUGGCCUAUGGUUCAGGUGAGAGGGACAUGGUCCUGUUGAUCCAUCUCAUCGAGAUGCAGCGGUCAGACGGCAGCAGGGUUCAGGAGAAAGUGACCUUACUGCAGUACGGAGACCCGCAGGGGUACUCUGCCAUGGCCAAAACUGUGGGGUAUCCUGCUGCCAUCGCCUCCAGGAUGAUACUCAAUGGAGAUAUCCAGGACAAGGGGAUGUUGGUUCCCUUCCAGAAGAGUGUGUACCAGCCUAUACUGGACAGGCUGAAAAUGGAGAAUGUCCAGGCUGACUACACUACACAGGAGCUUUGACCAGUACAACUAGCAGACUAAGAGGAGCAGUGACCAGUACAGCUAUAGUCUUCAGGCUAAACCUGCCAUUAGACUUCUCAUCAUUGUCUUUAAACAGUCACAUGUGGUAAAUGUUAGAGAAUAAUGCAUGAGAGGUUAGAGAAUGAGUAAAUAUCAGGACUGACUUCAGUACAGGUUUUACUGUAACACUGUAGCUAGAAUUCGGUAAUAGUGUCAGAGUUUUACUUCAUACUGGUAGUUGUGACCAUUUUGUGAAAUGAUUUUUGUUUAAAGUAAAAAUAUGCAGUAUAGGGAUGGUGGGUGUAAUUUUGAAUGCGAUAUAAAUCUUAUCUUUUCAUGGUGUACCAGUAGUAUGGAUUCGUAUUAUUAUGCUAGCCAUGUGUGCUGAGAGGCAUUGCAUACAUGUAGGGCAAAGGUACAUGCUCCAAAUUAUGUUGUUUAUUUCUUUAUUUAUCUAUAAGAUUUCAACAAAGAAAUAUUUAGGAAAAUGUGGUGUAGGUUUGAAAUGAUAAAUAAUCACAUCACACAGAAAACAAUACCUCCAUUUUCAAGGCAGUACAUGUAAAAGGUAUGUGGAGGAGGGC